CCCCUAUUAGGAGAAGCAACACCCCCACUUCUCUCCUCUCCUUCUCUACUUUCAUGGCCUCCUCCAAAACCCUAACCCUAGCUUCUCACUGAUCUCUAGUCCCUUCCGUUCUCAAAUUCAAUUGCAACAGGAGGAUUGUACAGAGAGAGAGAGAGAGAUAAUGGAGAACCCUAAGAAGUCUCGACUCCGGCUCCGCCUCAGAGUGACGGCGAAGAAGCGCGGGAAGGAUCCGAGCACGUCCACAUCAGGAUCAAAUCGAAAGGUCCAUCGUGAGUGUUUCAAUUCAGUGAAGAAGCUGCAGAGGCGAGAGAUCGGGGGGUUCAAUAGGAUGGCACGAGGGUUGUCGUCGUCGAAUGCGAUCGAGAAGUUUCGCAAUUUCCAGCUCCAGGAGGAGUUUGAUACAUAUGACCACAAUGUUCACUGGUUUCUGAAAUUACAGUUUCUUAAGAAGCGAUCUAAAAUCAUUGAGAUUGUUGCAGCAAAGGAUGUUAUAUUUGCUUUAGCUCAGUCCGGUCUCUGUGCAGCUUUUAGCCGAACAACAAACAGACGGAUAUGCGUCUUGAAUAUAAGCCCUGAUGAAGUGAUUAGAAGCCUUUUCUAUAAUAAGAACAAUGAUUCCCUCAUAACAGUAUCGGUUUAUGCAUCAGAUCAUUUCAGUUCUUUGAAAUGCCGAACUACUCCUAUAGAGUAUAUCAGAAGGAACCAAUUGGAUGCUGGAUUCCCUCUUUUUGAAACCGAGUCCCUUAGGUGGCCUGGUUUUGUUGAGUUUGAUGAUGUGAAUGGCAAAGUACUGACUUAUUCUGCCCAAGAUGGCAUUUACAAAGUUUUUGACCUAAAGAACUACUCAUUUUUGUAUUCAAUAUCGGAUAAAGAUGUGCAGGAGAUCAAAAUCAGUCCAGGAAUCAUGUUGCUGAUAUACAUCAAAACUCCUGGUUAUGUUCCGUUGAAAAUACUCUCAAUUGAAGAUGGAACCGUAUUAAAAUCUUUCAAUCAUUUGUUACACCGAAACAAAAAGGUGGAUUUCAUUGAGCAGUUCAAUGAAAAGCUCUUGGUCAAGCAAGAAAAUGAGAAUCUCCAAAUUCUUGAUGUGAGAAAUUCGGAGCUGACUGAAGUUUGUAGGACGGAGUUCAUGACCCCUUCAGCAUUCAUCUUCCUUUACGAGAAUCAUCUCUUUUUAACAUUUAGAAAAGGGACUGUUGCUGUUUGGAAUUUUCGUGGAGAACUUGUCACCUCCUUUGAAGAUCACUUGCUCUGGCAUCCAGAUUGUAAUACCAACAAUAUUUACAUCACAAGCGAUCAGGAUCUAAUAAUCUCAUACUGUAAAGCUGAAGAAGGAUAUGAAGCUGAGGGAGAAGCUGUGGGAUCAAUCAAUAUGAGCAACAUAUUGACGGGGAAAUGCAUUUCCAAGAUAUGCUCGAGCGAUCCUACACUCCAGAUCAAUCCUCGACAGAGAGGCAACACUGGGAGGUCUUCUAUCCGAAGCAGUGUAAAAGAAGCUCUUGAGGAUGUGACGGCGCUCUUCUAUGAUGAAGAUAGGAACGAAAUCUACACUGGAAACAAGCAAGGCCUGAUCCAUGUGUGGUCUAACUAAGUCUACCUUCAUGAAACAUCUCUCUGGAGUUUUAAGUUAUAUAUUGUAGCAUAGAUGGCAGCUCAACACCAAAGAAGGUUGUGUACGAGUCUUUUGCCGCGCAAUGUCAUGUAAUCUUGUGCUUCGCGUAGUUUAUGUAAUGUAAUGUAAUGUGUGCCGUGCAAUGUUAAGUGUCUACUUUUUGUUGCUUUCGUGGAACGUUAUUAUGUAUUUUGUCCAAUAAUUAAAGCGCUUUUCCCGCAAUCAGUAUCAAAUCCAGUUGCAUUGCUGUAUGAAA